AUGAAAAUCGAUCAAUUACAACCUUAUAGUCCAAUUUAUGGUGAGGAGACUGAUACUUUGAAAGGAAAGGAAGUAUCUUUAAUAGUAUUUCCUAAAAGGUUUCUAAAUCCUAUGAGUACCUUCAGAAUGAAAGGAGUAUCUUAAAUUUUUAAUAAUUUUUAAGGAUUUCCAUCUAUUUGCAGAUGCUCGAUACAUAAAAUAGCAUGAUAUGCUAAAAAUUGGUAUCAGUUGCCAAAAUCCUUAUAAAAAAAUUUCCAAAAUAUUAGUUGAUUAAUCUGCUGGGGUAAUCAAAUUAUGCUAUACUUAACUUGAUUUUUCAGAAACUCCCUGGGAAUAUGUGGCCAAAAGAUUAUAAAGUAUGGGUGAUGUUUAAAUGAACUAAUUGAGUGAAUAUAUCAAAAAGUACUAUGAAGAACUAAAAUCUGGUUUACUGUAGGAAAAUAAAGACUUUGUAAUUGAAUACAUAUUAUCAACAUAAUUAUAGAUUCCCAAAGAAAAUUACAGAUCAUUUGGAACAUACCAAUAUAAGUAUUUGAAGAGCUUAAAUCAAUUUUUUAUCUCAGCUUUAAUCUAUGAUAUCAAAUUAGUUGAAGAUUUAGGUUAUUCAGUACAAUAUUUUGUUGAAUCCUGCAUGAAGAUUGGAAUUCCAGAGUACAAAAAUUUUAUAAAUAAAUAUCAAGAAUAUCUUUAUAACCUGGGUGUACAAAUGUCGAUUACUACAAAAACGUUAUGGAGUUCGCAAAGCCUUUGACGAAACCAACAGAAAAGUAAGAUUUUUAUUUAUAUUCCCCCCUCUAUCCAUAAGUAAGAAAUUCUUGUUCAUUUCGUUAGGGCCUAAAAUGUGAUGUAACUUUUUAGGUGACAAAAGAUCAUUCUGAAGAGGAGGGUGAUGUACUCAUUAAUUUUAAUUUUUAUUUAAAUUAUGAGCCUUCAUUACGUAAUAAUUAAGGACUUAUGCUUAAUAAGAAAUUAAAGUCUCAAAAUUGCAUAGCACAUUAUUAUGAACUGAUGGAUCAUCAUUAUUUGAGGUGCGGGUUUAAGAAGACUAAGUUGAAUACAUUGGUCUGAUU